AUGAAUGGUCUGUCAUUUAAAGAGCUCUGUUGUUUGUUUUGUUGCCCUCCGUGUCCAUCUUCCAUCGCCUCGAAACUCGCGUUCUUACCGCCUGAACCCACGUAUUCACUAACUCCGUUGGCCGACGACAGUUUGAAGUAUACACUCAACUUAACAGAGCGAUCUGAAUGGCAACAUACAUCUAGGGAACUGGAGUAUAUUGAGGUGUUUGUCUGUACAACGUCAACAUCGCGAAACAACAAGAUAGCGUGCAUGUAUGUGAAGACGUCACCGAGCGACAAGUUUACCAUACUAUUUAGUCACGGAAACGCAGUUGACCUCGGCCAGAUGAGUAGCUUCUUUGUGGGCCUCUCCACCCGGAUCAACUGCAACAUCCUGGGCUACGAUUACUCGGGCUACGGGGCCAGUAAGGGCAGGCCCUCUGAGAAAAAUAUGUACGCCGAUAUCGAUGCUGCUUACCAGGUCUUGCUGUCUAGGUAUCAGCUUUCUCCAAAUCAUAUCAUCUUGUACGGGCAAAGUAUAGGAACAGUGCCCACCAUCGACCUAGCCAGUCGAAGGGAGGUGGGCGCUGUCAUCCUACAUUCUCCACUCAUGUCUGGUAUACGUCUAGCCUUUCCCCAGACAAAGAGGACUUGCUGUUUAGACGUUUUUACUAGUAUCGACAAAGUGCCUCAAAUCAAGUCACCGGUCCUUGUGAUACAUGGCACAGACGAUGAGGUAAUUGAUUUUAGUCACGGGCUAGCCAUCUUCGAGAAGUGUCCCCGUACGGUUGCCCCUCUCUGGGUCGAAGGGGCAGGCCACAAUGACGUUGAACUCUACAGCCAAUAUCUCGAGAGGCUGAAGCGAUUGAUUAAAACUGAAAUGGUCGCUAGUUAGCGCCAUGUCGUCGACGAUUCACUGUGGCGUGGUGUGGUGUGGUAGUUGUAUGUUUGUAUGUUUGUUGCAUGUAUUUUAGUAUGUAUGUCUGGUUGCUCGUUAAAUUGAAGGUUUGUUUGUGUGGAUUAUUACGCUUGUACAUGUGUGUGUCUGUGUGUUUGUUUGUUUGUUUGUAUGUAUGUGUGUGUAUGUUUGUUUAUUCGGGUUCUAAACUACUGUUUAAUAAAUUAUUUUAUUCAAAUGGAUUUUCGUCGCUUAAUAUUUGUCCUUUCAUUUCUUAUUUAUUCAUUCUAUGUCAUUUUUGUUAUUAUUAUUUCUGUUAUUGCUAUUAUUAUUUUUAUUACUAUUAUCUGUGGUAGCAGUAGCAGUAGUAGUAGCAGUAGCAGUAGCAGUAGUAGUAGUAGUAGUAGUAGUAGUAGUAGUAGUACUAGUAGUAGUAGUCGUCGUAGUAGUAGUUAUUGUAGUAGUAGUAGUAGUUUUAUUAUCAUUAUUAUAAUUGAUUGCAUAUUCUGAAAAAAGUCAUUAUUCAUUUUUAACUCUCUUCUGUUGAAAUUUUUCAAAUUUUGUUUUUAUCAUUUAACUUGUGUGUGCGUUCGUGUUUGUGUGCGUAUGCGUGUGUGUGUGUGUGUUUUAAUGGUUUGUUUUUAUUUCAUGGUUUUUUUUUAACUAGUAGAUUGUAUGCAUGUAUAUAUGUAUUUAUUGGAUAGGUCUAUUAUGUGGUACGCUUGUAUAUAUGUAUGUUAUAUUUAUAUAUAAAAUCCUUAUACUUUAAAUCAUGAUAAAGAGCCAAUGCUUUUAUUUAGCUUAUUAUACACACGCACAC